AUGGAGAAGCUCCAGGCGCUGACUGUGUCCCAGGGGCUGCUGCUAUGGCUGUUGCUGAGCCCCGGUGUGGGCUGGGCCUCCAGGGGUCCCCUGCGGCCACUGUGCAGGCCCGUCAACGCAACCCUGGCUGCAGAGAAUGAAGCGUGCCCAGUGUGCAUCACCUUCACCACCAGCAUCUGUGCUGGCUACUGUCCUAGCACGGUCCGAGUGUUGCCGGCUGCCCUGCCUCCUGUGCCCCAGCCUGUGUGCACCUACCGUGAGCUACACUUGGCAUCUGUCCGCCUCCCUGGCUGCCCACCUGGGGUGGACCCCAUGGUCUCCUUCCCCGUGGCCCUUAGCUGCCGCUGUGGGCCCUGCCGUCUCAGUACCUCUGACUGUGGGGGUCCCAGGGCUCAGCCACUGGCCUGCGACCUCCCCCACCUCCCUGGCCUCCUCCUCCUCUGAGGCCCAUCCCCCUAACCCUCUAGCUGAAGGAGCUGGCAGCUGUUCCAAUGGUUCUUUCCAAUAA